GCCGAGUGCCCCGCGGACGGCUGGCAGUACGUCGACCCGUACAGCAAGGUGCAAGGGCCAUUCAACCUCAGCGAGAUGCGGCAUUGGCACCAGAAGGGCUACUUUCAGCCGAACCUGCGGAUGCGCUGCGCGCCCACGGACGAGUUCGUGCCCUUCUGCGAGCUCUUCCCGAAGUCGCUGGUGGCGUUCGAGUCCUACCCGCGGAGGCCGACGCGCUCCGCCACGUAG